CCCACAAUGCACUCCGAUGCGAAGGCGCCUUUCGUGCUGGUGCACAGGACGGGCGGCCUAAUGUAGAGAUAAAUACAAAUUCAGAAAAUUUAAAUAACUCGUUUUUUUCUGCCCACGAUUUUUCCCGAACUGUUUUUACGGCAGUCCCAUUUGAUACUGCUUGAAUAUUUGCGUAAUGGCUCCGUUAAGUUUAAUGUCCGUUAGCACUGUUUUGGUGAAGACUUUGGGUCUGUUCUCCACUGCAACGGCUGUAAGGUGCUCCUGCAUUGCUCCAACAUUAAAACACUUCAGCACCACAGUUGGAGGCCGCCCGAAAAGGCCGCUCACCGCAUACAUGCAAUAUGUGAAAGCGCAGCAGCCCCUUGUCGUCAAACAAAAUCCAGAUAUCAAAGUUGUGGACAUUGUCCGAAAGAUAGCACAGCAGUGGAGGACACUUACACCGGAGCAAAAACGUCCCUUUGAAGAGGCGUCCUUAGCAGCUAAAGAGCAGUACAAACUUGAUAUGCAGAAAUACGAAGCGCAGCUCACCCCUGCACAAACUGCAGCUAUUGCAGAGGAGAGAAGGCAAAAGAUGGCAAAAAGAAAAGCAAUCAGGAAGAAGAGGGAACUGAAUACUCUUGGCAAGCCCAAACGACCCAGGACAGCCUUCAAUAUUUUCAUGGCAGAGCACUUUGAGGAAGCAAGAGGAACUACUAUGCAGGGCAAACUGAAGUCUCUUUUGGAUGACUGGAAGGGUCUUCACACAUCCCAGCAAAAAGUGUAUGUGCAGCUAGCAGAGGAUGACAAAAUUCGUUAUAAAAAUGAGAUGAAGGCCUGGGAGGAGCACUUGACAGAACUUGGGAGGGAAGAUCUCAUUCGACGGAAAGAGAAGACACCGAAGAAGCUGGCAGUGACCAAAGGUGGUAAAAAGUCCCAGGUGAAGGUGUUGAAAGCCAAAGCGCCAGCAAAGAAAACGGCGCCAAAAAAAACGACUGCUAGGGCAACUGAAAAAAAGACAGAGAGUAAGCCAAAGAAGUGAGUGGUUAUUUGGCGGGAAGGUAUGUGUUAUGAAAAGGCAAGCUCCGUCCUGAAUAAAACUCAGUGUUUUAGAAGGGGACACGUUUCCAUUGUUUGUGCUGCUUAGACAUAGUGUAAAUAGCAUGAAGCAACUCCAACUGUGACAAACCGUUAAUGGCCAGUUGAACGGUCAAGGUUUUGCCCUAAAGAGCAAUUGCAUCAGUUGUGCAGGUCCAGCAGAGUUUAUGCUGACUACUAAAUUUUCAUUCAUCAUGAAGUUACUUUACCAGUUAUUCCAGUAUUGAUAUGCAGCUGACCACUUUGCUUUUUUGUCUUAGAACGUAGCUGUUUGUGUAUCAUGCUUAAACAUAGAUGGAGAGCUGUUUUGUAUCAUAUCUUUACUUCCUCAAUAAAUACAUUUUCUAUAAAA